UUUGUGUAUUCGCGUCCUAUGUCCUAAUUUCGCUAUUAGAAUACAGAAAUCCACAUAUUAAUCAUAAAUUUAAAUCAAUUAUAAAUAUUAGUAUAUAUUUAAAGUAAAAUUAGUAAUUUAUAAUGGAUAUAACACUUAGUAAAUCGUCAAAUGAAGGCAACUUGUGGUGCCGCGCCUGUCUCUCGGUCGAAGGGAGAAUGUACAAUAUUCAUGAGUACAAACUAGGUGAUGCUUUCGCUCACAUCAUCGGAAGCCCUGUGCACAAGGAUAAACUGCCUCAACACCUCUGCGCAUACUGCGGCACACGGCUGCUCAAAUGUGAAUCUUUUAGAGACAUGUGUCUGAACACACAACAGUAUCUUGUCACCAAGCUGCUCAACCAUGAGUGGGAUACAGACUGUGUUGCCAGAACACGCCCUUCUAACAGACCCUUCAACUUGACAACAACAGAUGUCACCACCACAGAGUUUGUUGACACACCCUCAGCUGAAAGGUUAACUGGAACUGACAUAAAAGUUGAACCCAACAUAGACAUUGUUGACAUAGACGGCAUUAUAGAGCAUGCCAAUUUGAAAACAGAAACUGAAGAAAACGAAGAUAAAAACAAAAGUACAAAAAGAAAAAGAAAAACUGGAACUGCGGCUAAGAAGAAAACUGAAGUUAUUGUAGAUAAUGAUGACGAUGAAGUUAGUGAAGAACAUAAAAUAGAAAAUAUAAAAGUUGAAGUAAAUGUUGAUAAUUUUGAAUAUGAAGAAAGUGUAGAUGCUAAGAAAGAGUGGGACAUAGCUCUUGAUGAUAAUAUUGAUUUUGAUGAUGAUUUUAGUGAUGAUACACUAGAGUUACCAUUAAAGAAGAGAAGGAAAACUAAGAAAAAGAUAGCAGUAAAAGUUGAUGAACCUAAAGAUACAGAUAAGCCAAAAGUCAGAAGGAAAAGGAAGAGGAAAGAAGAGGUAACAAGGAAGUUCAGGAAAGCAGAAAACGAUUUUAUGCCUGUGUUCGAUUUUGCCACAUUUGAGAGUUCGUAUGCCGUGAAAAUUGUUGUUUUGAGCAAGGAGGAGCAGCUGGAAGAGAUCGCCUCGCGUAAGAAGUCCCGGAAUUACCUGGAGUCCCAUUUCCGGUGUGACGACUGCGGGAAAGGCUUCGACGCUGAGGCCGCUUACAACAACCACAGAUUACGGCACAGUCCGAGCGAGGGUUCGCUCGCCUGCGAGAUCUGCUUCGUGCGCUUCAAGCGGCAAUGCGUGCGACAGAGACACCAAGAUGUUCACCGACUGAAGUUCCUUUGCAACGAGUGCAGCUAUGUGUCUAGAGACAGGGAGCAAGCGCAGAAACACCACGCCAUGCAUGAGGGCAAGACGUUCCAGUGUCGGCACUGCGGGAAGACUUUCCUCAAGCGUACGUCGUGUUUCUCCCACAUGCGGCUGGCGCACCCCACGCUGAACGUGACCUGCAACCUGUGCGGGGAGACCUUCAUCGGGCUCUACGGCCUGAGGCACCAUCAGAAGAUCACUCACGCCAAAAAGCGGCAAGAAUUUAAGUGCGCCGUCUGUUCAGCCACCUUCCUAAGCGUAGAAGCACUGAACAGACACACAGACACGGCCGGCGAGCACGGAGACCUGCGGCCGUGCGAGCAGUGCGGCGAGAACUGUGCGAGCGAGCAGGCGCUACAGGAACAUGUCAAGGAUACACAUCCCGAGGAGUCGUAUCGAUGUGACGAGUGUGACAUCUCGUUUCCGAACGCGUCUGCGUUCAACACACACAAACUGCGCAAGCACCUCGGGGUGCGCUACGCCCACUCUGCGCAUCAGAGCCGCCAGUACCCGCGCACGCGCAUGCCGAACGAGCACGGGUCGCGGGUGUGCGAGCAGUGCGGCCGUGUCAUGAAGAGCGCAGCCCACCUCCGGUACCACUUGCUGAGGGACCAUCAGAACGUGAAACUGAACGCCUGCAGCGAAUGUCCGAAGAGAUUUUUCAGCAAAGCGUUGUUGCGGUACCACAUGCGGUCGCAUACCGGGGAGAGGCCGUUCCAGUGCCCCGCGUGCCCGCGCGCCUUCAGCCUGAAAGCCAACUUCAAGCGACACCACCUCACCGCACAUGAAGGCCUCCGCAACAAGGUCCCGUGCCACAUCUGCGGGCGAGAGUUCACCACGAAGAAUUCCAUGGCUAUGCACGUGAGCACCGUGCACGGCGGCCGCCCGUGGCCGCGCCGGGACCGGAGCAAGCGCCCGAAAAACACUACCAACAUGACACGUGACAAAACAAAUGACACAAAGUCAUGA